AUGCACAGGCAGGUGUGUCGGUCACAUUCUAUCUGUAAAGCCCUUCCGAUGACUGAUCGCGGGUUGUUGUUCCUAUUCAUACCCAACAGAAACGCCAUCAAUCGGUGCUACGACGAACGCUGCGAGAACCGAAUGACUAUGACUGAGUGCACAAAAGCGGACUGUAACAUAGACACGUGCAACAACAUGCGACUCAGCAAGCGUCAAUACGCCAAUGUCAACGUGUUCAAGACUGCCAGUGGCAAGGCUUGGGGGCUGGGGUCGAAAUCGGAACUGAAAGCGGGACAGCUGGUGAUCGAGUAUGUGGGAGAGGUCAUCGACACACAGACCGUCCAGCAACGGCUGGCCCAGGCGAAAGAGACGGGCUGUGACGACUUCUACAUGCUGGGAAUGGACAACCAACUGUACAUUGAUGCGCAAUUCAAGGGCAACUUGGCUAGGUUUAUGAACCACAGCUGCGAUCCCAAUUGCGAGACGCAAAAAUGGCGCGUGAAUGGUGAAAUCAGGAUUGGAAUUUUUGCCAUGAAGGAUAUCAGGAAAGACGAAGAACUUACCUUCAACUACCAAUUUGAUACCUUUGGCAAUGAAGCCAGUAAGGUUUGUCGGUGUGAAUCUGCCAACUGCUCUGGAUUUCUGGGCAUGAAGCCCAAAAAGAAGAACUCGGGUGCAAUGAGCACGCAAGAAUCGGGCCAGAAGCACCGUGUCAAAAAGAGUCUGAAGAAGAGAAAGGUGCGAGUGGAGAAGAUCACUGAGGACGAGUGUUACCACUGUGGUGACGACGGGUCCUUAACCCUUUGCGACAUGAAUUUCUGUCCCAAAGCAUACCACGUCGGCUGUUUAGGCCUCGAAAAGGCCCCCCACGGCCAGUGGCAUUGCCCCUGGCACCAGUGUUCACAGUGCAGCAAGAAGAGCACACGCUUCUGUGUGGGAUGUCCCACCUCCACCUGUGACGCGUGCAGUGUACAGACUGAACUGAUGGGCCAUGUGCAACGCAAACUCACGGCGGGGGCCAAAAGCACUAGAACAUUCGGACUAUGUUCCGAAUGCACACAAGAGGCCGGGGUAUCUCCAGACUCUGCGACAGAGCAUGUGGCCACCAUCAUCGACAAGGUCCUGCUCAAUACACAACUCCACCGGUCCAGUGGGUCAAGGCACAGGAAAACCAAAAGCACGCAGGCACAGGCACACACGCUCACGACCCACACAGUAGAACCCAUCAAACGACAGACCAAGCGCAGUGUGCAAGCGAUGGAGCCCCUGGUGCUGAGUGAUAUGGAGGAUGACGUGUCUUCCGAGCAGUCUGGUAGUGGUUUAAAACAGCGGGAUGAGUCAUCGGCCCCGCCUCGACUGAGUACGACAACCCCAUCGGAAGAUACACAGAAGUCCUCGAGUGGGGAGGAACCGGCUCAGACCGUGGCUGGGCCAAAUAUGGCCCAACCUCGAGCAGAGAUGAGUGUGGACAAAGACGAGCGAUCUGACAGGGAUUCGCAGGUACUUGCGUCGGGCUCCAGUAUAGAAUCCAAUGGCGACCUGGCCAUGAGUGAUGACAGUGGCAAUGCUUCCGUCUCAAGUCAUACGGAGAGCGCCGUAUCCGCAAAGUCCAACUCCGUUAUGGCAUCAGAGAAAGCAGGUGUUGUGUCGAUUGUGGAAGACAGUCUGGGCGAGAGUAGUGCGUGUGCGUGAGAAUGUGUCGGAACACGCACGUCAUUCAGGGUAGUACGACAUCAAAAUAUUACGACGACGAGAAUAAAUGUUGAGACGACGAUGCACUCUAGUGUCAAAUACUUCAGAACCAC